CCUGUGCUGAGGUGCUCGGACCGCCAUGGUCUCUGACGAGGAUGAAUUGAAUCUUCUAGUUAUCAUAGUUGAUACCAACCCAAUUUGGUGGGGAAAACAAGCAUUGAAGGAAUCUCAGUUUACUCUGUCAAAAUGCAUAGAUGCUGUUAUGGUGCUGGGGAAUUCCCAUUUAUUCAUGAAUUGUUCCAACAAACUCGCUGUGAUAGCAAGUCACAUUCAAGAAAGUCGAUUCUUGUAUCCUGGAAAGAAUGGCCGACUGGGAGACUUCUUUGGAGACCCUUGCAACCCUUCUUCUGAGUUUAAUCCCUCAGGGAGUAAAGACGGAAAAUACGAGCUGUUAACAGCAGCAAAUGAAAUUAUUCCUGAAGAGAUUAAAGAUCUAAUGACCAAUAGUGACAUAAAAGGUCAAAAUACAGAGACUCUGCUGGCAGGGUCCCUUGCCAAAGCCCUUUGCUACAUUCAUAGAAUGAGCAAGGAAGUAAAAGAUAAUCAGGAAAUGAAGUCAAGGAUAUUGGUGAUUAAGGCUGCAGAAGACAGUGCAUUGCAGUAUAUGAACUUCAUGAAUGUAAUUUUUGCAGCACAGAAACAGAAUAUUUUGAUUGAUGCCUGUGUUUUAGACUCUGAUUCAGGACUCCUCCAACAGGCUUGUGACAUCACAGGGGGGCUGUACUUGAAGGUGCCUCAGAUGCCAUCCCUCCUGCAAUAUUUACUGUGGGUUUUCCUUCCUGAUCAUGAUCAGAGAUCUCAGCUAAUCCUGCCGCCCCCAAUUCAUGUAGACUACAGGGCCGCGUGCUUCUGUCAUCGCAGUCUCAUUGAAAUCGGCUAUGUCUGUUCUGUGUGUUUGUCAAUAUUCUGCAAUUUCAGCCCUAUCUGCACUACCUGCGAGACAGCCUUUAAGAUUUCUCUGCCUCCUGUAUUGAAGGCCAAGAAAAAGAAACUGAAAGUGUCUGCAUGAUAGUAAAAUGUUGCCAUCUUUUAGAGCUAUUAAUAGAAAUUAUAUGGAGAAAAUUUUGUUGGAGAGGCCCUGGAAAAACU